CCAGAUGAGCCCGACCCCGCCCUCUCCGGAGCCGUCCCGGCUGCGGCUCACCGGACACAGCUCGGGCCGGCGCCCGAGGAGCCGCCGGCGUUCCCGCGGGCGCUGUUCCGGCCGCUGGCCGCGGCCUGGGGCGCCGACCAAAGCACUUUAGANCUCCGCGCCCCCGGCCGCUGCCGCCUCUGCUGCGGCGAGUGCGGCUGGGCCUUCGCCGAGCCGGCGGCGCUGGAGCGGCACCGCAGGCUGCACCAGGAGUCGCGGGAGAAGAUCAUCGAGGAGAUCCAGAAGCUGAACGAGUUCCCGGACGAGGGCCGCGAGGCGCGGCUGCAGUGCCCCAAGUGCGUUUUCGGCACCAACUCCUCCAAGACCUUCGUGCAGCACGCCAAGAUGCACGUCAAGGAGAGGAAGGAGCACGCCUCCAGGAGCUCCGGCCUCUUCGGAGAGCUCCGCGACGGUGCCGGGCACGGCCUCUGCAAACCCUUCCAGGCCGACGAGCUGCCGGCGGCGCCGCCCGGCGCGGCGCCCUGCGCGCUCUGCGGCUUCCCGGCGCCCAACGAGCUCAUCCUCAAGGAGCACCUGAGGUUCGCCCACUCGCACCUCUCCUGGCAGCCCGAGCCCUUCGAGGACGACCCCAACCAGCCCGGCACCAGCCGCGGCGCCUACAGCCCCGCCCGGCCCGGCCGCUUCGCCGACGCCGAGGCGCUCGGCAGGAGCGACCGGAGCUUCCCGGAGCGGCUCUUGCCGCCGCCGUGCCGGGAGGGUCCCUCCCUGUACGAGCCCGCCUUCGGCUCGGGCCACGCCAGGCUGGACAAGGGCGACGGGGCGGCCAGGAAGGAGCUGCUGCAGGGCCUGCAGCACGCCAGGAAGGCGGCGCCGUAUUGCCAGCAGAGCCCGGCGCUGGCCGCGCUCCCCGCGCCCGGAGCCUGCUCGCACCCGGCGCUGCAGCAGCUGAGGAAGAGGGCGGCCGCCCCGCAGCCCGGCGGGGACGGCGUGGCUACCAAACCCCCUGGACAUCUGACCACAGUGGCCAACUUCGACCCGGGCACGUUCAGCCUGAUGGUUGAACCACCUGAGCUUGUGGCCAACUUCAACCCGGUUUUUUUGGGGGGUUUUUGUGUUCCUGGUGGUUCCUGGUGGUCCCAAUCCCACCCUGACCACCUGUCCUCCCUUGCAGUGGCCAACUUCGACCCGGGCACGUUCAGCCUGAUGCGCUGCGAGUUCUGCGGCGCGGGUUUCGACACGCGGGCGGGGCUCUCGAGCCACGCCCGCGCCCACCUGCGCGACUUCGGCAUCACCAACUGGGAGCUCACCGUGUCCCCCAUCCACAUCCUCAAGGAGCUGCUGGCCACCGCCCCCGAGCACCCGGCGCUGCUGCGCGCCAUGGGGCCCUCGCCGGGCCGCGACCCGCACCGCGACCCGCACCGCCAGGAUCUCCACCAGGAUCUCCACCAGGAUCUCCACCAGGAUCUCCACCAAUUGCUGGCUCCCGACGAGGACGACUUGGUGGCCAUGGAGGUGACGUCCCCUCCCCCCAUCCCCAAAAAAUCCGGGAGCUCGGCGCUGGAGCCGCCCCCGCCCCGCCUCGGGACCAAGCUGAGCCCGGAGCCCCCCGGCAGCAAGGCCGAGCCCCAGGACUCCAAAGCCCCCAGCCUGACCACGUGCGAGGUGUGCGGCGCCUGCUUCGAGACGCGCAAGGGGCUCUCGAGCCACGCGCGCUCCCACCUGCGCCAGCUCGGCGUGGCCGAGUCCGAGAGCUCGGGGGCCCCCAUCGACCUCCUGUACGAGCUGGUGCGCCACAAGCCCAAGGCCGAGGGCCCCGCGCUGGCCAAGAAGUCGGCGGGCUCGCCCAAGGAGCCGGGCGCGCCGCGGCCGCCGCUGCUGCUGCUGCCCAAGCCCGAGGGCUCCGUCAACAAGGCCAUCAAGUCCCCGCCGGGCUUCGCCAAGGCCCUGGGCCGGCCGGGCUCGCCGGGGCUGCGCAAGGCGCCGGCGCCGCUGCCCGGCUCGCCCAAGGCGGCCGAGGAGAAGGGAGCCAAGCUGGCGCUCAGCCCGCUGCCCGCCGAGGCCAAGUGGGCGCCCGACGAGGACGGGCCGCUCAACCUCACCUCGGGCUCGGAGCCGUGCCGCGACAUCCGCUGCGAGUUCUGCGGGGAGUUCUUUGAGAACCGCUCUGGCCUCCUGCGUGGACCUGUGCUCAUCCCGGGGAUUUUGGGGUGCUCUGAGCCCAUCCAGGGAGUUCCAUCCCUCCCUAAUCCGGGCAAGGCGCUGCCCCCGGGGCUGGCCCUGGGCAAGCCGGGCUCGGGGCUGGCCCUGGCGCCGCUGGGCUCCAAGAACGCGCCCGGAGCCUUCCUGGCCGCCAAGAGGCCGCUGGGCGACGAGAGGCUGGGCGGGCACGGCGAGGCCAAGCACAAAGCCUUCGAGCUGGGCUUCAAGGCCAAGGCCCUGCACGACAAGGCCUCAGCAGAGGCGUGCUGCGAGCUGUGCGGGCUGUACUUCGAGAACAGGAAGGCGCUGGCCAGCCACGCCCGGGCGCACCUGCGGCAGUUCGGGGUCACCGAGUGGUGCGUGAACGGCUCCCCCAUCGAGACGCUGCGCGAGUGGAUCCGGCACCGGCCGCACAAGGCGGGCGCCUACCGCAGCUACAUCCAGGGCGGGCGCCCCUUCUCCAAGAAGUUCCGGAGCUCGGCGCACCCGCGGGAGCCGCGCGGCGCCCUGGCCGUGCCCUUCCUGCCCAAGGGCGGGCUGGCGGCCGAGGCGGCGCUGGGCGACUGCGGCAAGGGCCCCGAGGGCGCGGCCGACCGGGGCCUGGGCUCGCCCCUGGGGCUGGUCAAGGUGGAGGAGCAGAGGGGCAACUUCAGCAGUGAGUGAGGGGGUG